AGUUUUUUUCUUCGAGCUUCCUUCAGUUCAUUUUUCUAUAACUUUUUACCCCCCUUUUUUUCAAACAGGAGAAAAUGGCAGCCAAUAUUGACCCUAAUUCAGCAGUCUACGCUACUGAUGAGUACGGUAGACCUUUUAUUAUUGUGAGAGAGGGACAACAAAAGUCAAGAUUAUCUGGCAUUGCAGCCAUUCGUUCUCAUAUUCUAGCUGCUAAAACAGUAUCUAAUAUUAUCAAAACUUCUCUUGGCCCUCGUGGUCUCGAUAAAAUUCUGAUCUCACCCGAUGGUGAUAUUACUGUUACAAAUGAUGGUGCUACCAUUCUCGAUCAAAUGGCUGUUGAACACCAAAUUGCCAAGUUACUUGUUCAAUUGUCAAAGAGUCAGGACCAAGAGAUUGGUGACGGUACCACAGGUGUAGUUGUACUUGCUGGUGCUUUGUUAGAACAGUGUGAACAGCUUUUGGAUCGCGGUAUCCACCCUAUCCGUAUCGCAGAUGGUUUUGAACGUGCUUGUUCUGUUGCUGUCAAACAUUUAGAUGAAAUCUCAGAUACCAUUGAAUUUGAUAAAGAUAAUGUUGCUAAUUUGAAGAAAACAGCUAUGACCAGUCUUGGUAGUAAAAUUGUCUCUAAAUAUCAUGAAAAAUAUGCUGAUAUUGCUGUAAAUGCAGUUUUAUCUGUUGCUGAUUUGGAACGUAAAGAUGUUGAUUUUGAGUUGAUCAAGGUAGAUGGCAAAGUCGGUGGUUCGUUAGAGGAUACUGUAUUAGUCAAAGGUGUUGUAGUCGAUAAAGAUAUGUCUCACCCUCAAAUGCCUCGUGAAGUGCGUGACGCCAAAAUUGCUAUCUUAACCUGUGCAUUUGAGCCACCCAGACCUAAAACCAAGCAUAAGCUUGAUAUUACAUCCGUGGAAGAAUACGAAAAACUCAAAGUAUAUGAAAGAGAGAAAUUCACCACUAUGAUUGACCAAGUAAAGAACUCCGGUGCUAAUCUGGUCAUUUGUCAAUGGGGAUUUGACGAUGAAGCAAACCACUUAUUGUUACAGAACAAAUUACCAGCUGUCAGAUGGGUGGGUGGCCCCGAAAUUGAAUUGAUCGCUAUUGCUACAAAUGGCCGUAUUGUUCCCCGUUUUGAAGAUUUGUCUCCAGAGAAAUUGGGUACAGCUGGUAUCGUCCGUGAACUAACCUUUGGUACAACAAAAGAUAGGAUGUUAGUCAUUGAAGAAUGUGCCAAUACUCGCGCUGUCACCAUUUUUGUUCGUGGUGGUAAUAAGAUGAUUAUUGAUGAAGCUAAAAGAUCGAUUCAUGACGCUAUGUGUGCUGUUCGUAAUCUUGUUCGUGAUAAUCGCGUUGUCUAUGGUGGUGGUGCAGCUGAAAUCAGCUGUUCUCUUGCUGUUUCCAAGGUAGCUGAUGAAAUUUCAUCCAUUGAGCAAUACGCUAUGCGUGCUUUUGCUGAUGCAUUAGACGCCACACCUUUGGCUCUUGCUGAAAACUCUGGUCUUUCUCCUAUUGAAACUUUGGCUGAAGUUAAGGCUGAGCAAGCUACUACUGGAAAUUCUAAACUUGGUAUUGAUUGUCUUCACAAGGGUUCUAAAGACAUGAAAGAACAGCAUGUAUAUGAUCCUUUAAUAUCCAAGCGUCAACAAUAUUUAUUAGCUACUCAAUUGGUUAAGAUGAUUUUGAAGAUUGAUGAUGUAAUCACUACCUUCGAGCAAUGAUCACUGUCGCGAGAAUUAGAUGAAUAUCCAUUACAUAAUAAAUAACCACAUUGUGCAAUUUGCAGUAUAGAGAUCAGGGAUACUUGGUUGAAGGAAAUUGGUUGAUAUUACUAACCUAAAACUGUUCGCACUACAGAAUGCAUUAAAAUUACAACAGAGUAAAAACGAAGAGUGAAGGGGUUUAAGAACCAUACAGUAUUUCCAUUGUCUAAUGAGGAAGGACAGGGCUAUAGGCU